AUGACGAUUUCGGAGACCGUCGCAUCAACGACGGCCAGUGGGAGCCAUGGCCCGGCGCCGGUGCCUCCAAAGGCAGAUACUCAAUCUCAUGAGGGCAGCAGUGAUUCCGCAGCUCUCGAGACUGACAUGCUCAUCAUCGGCGCAGGUCCUGCCGGGGCCUCACUGGCUUGUUUCCUCGCAUCAUACGGACUUAAGGGAAUCAUGAUCAGCGCAAGCCCCUCGACCGCAGAUACACCGCGAGCUCAUAUCACAAACAUGGCAGCUCUGGAGUGUCUCCGUGAUAUUGGUUUGGACAGAGAGCUUCAAGCGAUUGCGACACAGGGUCAUUGCAUGCAACACACGCGUUGGUGUUAUAGCAUGGCGGGUGAGGAGUUUGCGCGUAUCCCUUCAUGGGGAAGUGAUCCCAGAAGAAAGGGUGACUACGAACUCGCGAGCCCCUGCGACCCCGUCGACAUACCACAAACCGCAUUAGAACCGAUCUUGGUUCGAUACGCAGCACACCACGGCUUUGUCGUGAGAUUCAACACCAAGCUCGUAACCUGGAACAGGGAAUCUUCUCCCGAAGGGAGGUACUUAGCCACCGUCUGGGACAUGGUCUCCAAGACCCACUACUCCAUACGGACAAAAUACAUCUUUGGCGCAGACGGUGCUCGAAGUCUCGUCGCAAAGACACUCCAACUACCUCUGGUAGCAAAGCCUGGCGGAGGCCUGGCCAUCAACGUUCUAGUCAAGGCCGACCUCUCUCAUCUAAUGGACCACCGAAAGGGCAACUUGCACUGGUUGAUGCAGCCCGGGGUAGACCAUCCCAGCUUCGGCUGGAUGGGCAUCGCGAGGAUGGUGAAGCCGUGGUUCGAGUGGAUGUUCAUCCUGUUUCCGGACAAGGACUUUGACCCGUCGGCCGAGGUGACUGAAGAGGCGUACAAGAAGCGGGUCAAAGAAUUCAUCGGGGACGAUACUGAAGUCGAGGUCCUUUCUGUCUCGAAGUGGUUCGUCAACGAUAUUGUUGCCGAGAGAUACUCAGAAGGGAACAUAUUCUGCCUCGGCGACGCAGUCCACCGCCACCCCCCGAUGAACGGCCUCGGCUCAAACACCUGCAUCCAAGACGCCUUCAACCUAGCCUGGAAAAUCGCCCACGUCGAAAAGGGCCAUGCCGGUGCCGCCCUCCUCGAAACCUACAGCGUCGAACGGCAGCCCGUCGGUCUCGGGAUCGUUGCCCGCGCCAACGAAGCCUUCCGAGACCACUACGCCGUGUGGCAGUCCCUGGGCAUGCUGGAGAAGACGGCGGAAGAACGCGCCGCUGUCUUUGCGCAGCUCUCGCACACGACGAGAGAGGGGCGGGAGAAGCGUCGCGCGUUCCGCGAGGCUAUUGGCCGGACGGCGCACGAGUUUCAUGGGCUUGGCGUUGAGAUGAACCAGGUUUACUCAGGGCCGGCGAUCUAUGCGGAGGAUGAAGAUGGGCCGUAUGCGCCUUCAACGCAGGAAGCUGAGGACCCUGUUGCGUAUUACGGUCCUGGUACUUAUCCUGGCCGACGAAUUCCUCAUGUAUGGCUAAAUAGGGCGGUACCGAAGGAGCCCGUUUCAACUAUUGAUUUGGCUGGCAAAGGUGGCUUUACCAUCUUCACCGGUCCCGGCGGAAGUCUUUGGCGCGAAGCGGCUGCUGCGGUUUCGGCGAAGCUGGGUUGCGAGAUCAGGGUCUACUCCAUUGGUUUCCGCCAGGAUUGGGAGGACGUUUACUAUGAAUGGGAGCGCGUUCAGGGGGUUGAGGAGUCGGGUAUUGUUCUAGUUCGACCGGAUCGCUUUGUGGCUUGGAGACAGAGUGAGGUAUCUGCUGACUUGGACUCGUGUUUCCAGAAGCUCCUGCUGGUGAUGAAGACCGUCCUGCUCCGUGUUGAUGAAUGA